AUGCUUAUAUUAGCUACUAUUCAAUCACCACCAUCAUUAAUAAAACAUUAUUUAAGACGUCGUUCAUCUGUACAUUUAAUCUAUACAAAAUUAAAUACAACUGAUGAUUUAAUUGAAAAUAAUAUUAGUCGACCAUCAUUAGCAAAUGAUGGAAUUACAAAUUAUGAUAAUUCAGAUGAAUAUAAUGCACUUAAAGAUGGAUCGGGUUUAACAAAAACCCAAAUAAAAGUUAUUGUAACUGUUGUAAUUAUUAUUAGUUUUAUUAUGUUUAUUAUUGCUAUAUUUCGAUUUAAAAAUGCAUGUCGCGAUCAAGAAACACAAAAAAUUCAAACAGAAAUUGUUCGACGUCGUGCUUCACAAUAUAGUGAACCAAGUUCAAGACGAGGAAGUAUUGGAUAUUAUACACGUAAAUAUACACGAACGCCUAGUUUUCGUUUUGACGAACAAUUAAAUAGUGCAAUACAUAUCAAUCGAUCAAGUGUUCCAGCUUGUGAUCAAACAAUAAAACCAAAAGCUACUAUUAUUCUCUCAUCUUCUCCAAAACAAUCAUUAAUAACAUCAAUAAUUACUGAACCUCAUUAUGUUACACCUCCUUGUCAUGCAUCAAAUAAUACUAAUAAUCAACAUGUAUCUAAAUGUGUAAAACCAAUUGUACGCAAAUCAUUUUCAACUAUUGGAAUUAGUCGGAAGAAACAACGAGUCGUUUUUGAUGAUGAUGAUGAUGCUGCUGCUGAUGAUGAUGAUGCUAUUUUCUUUUCCGCUCUAACAAUUCAUUCCAUUCAUCGUCAAUCGGGUCGUUUGAUCCUCUGCACGGUACCACCACAUAUAUUUUGUCGUCCAAAUACAGUUCGUUAUUCACUUGUUUUUAACGUGCAUGAUCAACGACAACGACGUGGUAAUACAUCAAAUAGAUAUAUCAAAGUGUCGUCGCCAACUCUUCGAAAACUUUGUUUACCGUGUAUUACAGCACGAAAUCAUCGUCAUCAACAUAAUCGACAACAAACAAAUAAAAGUAAAACAUUAAAAAAUAAUCAACGGCAAAUUAUAACGUCAUCGACUGCUGAGAAUAACAUCGUCGAACCACCACCAACAACAACACAUCGAUUAGAAUUAAUUCCAAAGACACAUGAUCCAAUAUCAACAUUACCACCAGUCGUGCACAGCAGUGAAUAUUUACGAGAAAACGAUGCUAAUCAAUCUCAUGAGCAAUACCAACAUUUUGAGACUUCUUCACUUCCGAAUGAAAAAAUAGAAGAAGAAAAAAAAGAUGAUGAUGAGAUAUCGGUUAAAUCGGAAAUAAAACCGACAAAAGUAGUGUUGGAACCCGUACUACUGACAUUAUCAUUACCUGAAAAUGAAAUAACGAGAUCAAACGAAGAGGAUGUGUGUGAUGAUCAUACGCCACUGUUAACAUCGGAACUUGCCACUACUAUUAAGGAUUCAUCGAACCGUGCUACUCGUAAAUAUUCGCUCAAUGCUUUUUCAUCCUUCGUACGUUCUCCACCAAACCCACAUCCAUUUUCUUCCUCAUCAACAACGUCAGUUGCUGUUAACAGCAAUAUUGCCGGUGAUAGCAAAAAAAAUCGUCAUAGUGUUGAUUUAACAACACGUCGUCAAGCUUCACUUUCAACUGUUUUUCGUCGAAAUUCAUUUGCUAAACAAUUCAAAACAUUUUGUUCAACAAUUGAUUCAACUAAUACAAAUAAAAUAAUAACACCAUCAAUAACGUCUCUUCCAAUUCAUAAUAAUAAUAAUACAAAUCAUCAACAACAACAACAUAAUCAAUCAGGUACAGGUGAUUCAGAUACUAGUGAUCGAAAUUCCUUAGUAAAAUCUAAAUCAUCAAAUACAAAAUCUCAUCUACGAAAAAAGUCUUCUAGUAUAACACCAAUAACAUCUUCAUCAACAUCUUAUCGAAAAGAUUUUAUGCAGAAAAUCGAACGUUUUCGAUAUAUUGAUGAUAGUGCAUCAAGCACGACAACGAUAACAUCACCUGUUGAAAGCGUUGAUCGUUUAAAUGGUCAUCAACCAUGUAAUCAUUUAAUCACAAGUGCUAUCGAACAAUUUGAUGAUUAUGUACGUUCAAGAUAUUGCAGUAAUGAUGAAGAAAUUAAUUCAUAUAUUGAUCGUUUCAAUUCUGAUAUAUUAACAAAUGGUUCUUAUUCAGAUUUAAAUAUACUCAAUAGUACUAAUGAUAAUACAACUUUGCAACAUGCUCAAACAAAUCAGCAACAGCAACAACAACAACAAACGCAAACUAAGCCGGUGAAUAAUAUAACAUCUCAACCAGAAAUCAAUGACUAUCGUCAAGCAGUACAUUAUUCAACACCUAUUAAAAUUCCAUCUCAACAUUCAAAAUAUAUUUAUUCAUCAGAUAAUCCUAUUGCACGUCCAACAACGAUAGCUACCAAUGGAUAUUCACGUUCAAUGGAUUUUCAAUCUAUCAACAACAACAAUAACAACAACAAUAAUAAUAACAACAAUAAUAAUAAAAAACAUGAACAUGGUCGAUCUAUGAAUCAUACAAAUAAUAGCACUAUUUAUGAAACAUCAUCAUCAUCUCUUGCAACUCUAACAUCAGUACGUAGUUCAAAUAGUCUUGAAUUCGAUGAUGAUUCAAAACCAUCCGGUGUUCUUGUUGAUGAUGAUUUCCUUCCGAUGUCAUCACCUGUCGAUGAUCAUUUCUGGGAUAUAACUACCCCAGUCAAUCAUCAUAAAUUUAUUAAUAAUAAAAAUGAAUGUUUUCCAAAUGUUGGUUCAUCACCUGAUAUUGAAGUUAAACAUUUUGGUUUACAACAAACAAAUGAAUUAUCAUCAUCAAUGGAUCAACCAUUUUCCGAAACAUCAUGUGAUGAAGAUGAUGAUGAUGAUGAUGAUGGUAAUAUAGCAUCAAAUAGACAGAAAUUUUCCAUACAUGAAUAUAAAUUAAAAGAAUUACAAAAACCCAUUGUUAUACAUCGAUCACCAAUUAAUCCGUCCAUGCAUUCAACCGAACCUAUUAAUCAUGAUCAUAAUCUUAUUUCAAUAUCAAUUAAUAAACUAUCUCUUGAUCAUAAAAAUGAUGAAUCAUUAUUAGAAAAAUUUGCUUCAGCAAAUACUACUACUACUGAUUCAAUACAAAUUUCUAUACGUUCUCCACCCUUACGUUCAACAACGAAUAGUGAUAUUGUUUUAACAGCACAACAAUGCCCGCAAACAAUAUUAGAAGAAGAUGAUACACAAGAAAGUUCAACAAAUGAUAAUGUAUCAGAUGAAAGUGCUGAUAAUGGUGAAAUUGAUCUUGUACAUGAAUUUGAAUUAUCACAAAAACAAGAUCAAACUGAUACGACAAAUUUAUGGAGUACAAAUGAUCGUGAUAUAUUUAUAUUACAAGAAGAUGAUAUUCUAUCAGCACUUGUUUCAACACCAACACAACAAAUAAAUCGACCACUACCACCAUCAAUUAUGAAAAUAACACAAAAUAAAUCAAUUGAUAGUACUGAUGAACAACAAGCACUUGCAAACAAUUCUCUUAAACCUAAAGUACGAUUUAAUCUUGAUCCACAAUAUGAACGUGAACGUGAAUGGAAUAAAGUUAAUAAACUACUGGGAAAUAGUGUUGAAUGGACUGAUGAAUUUGAAGUGUAA